AGCCGAUCCAUGGAACUUACUGGUGCAGAGUUUAGCUACAUUGUUAACAAGCUUUACUAGCAAGGGAACCAUUAAUCAAUUGAAGGUCUCACUAACCUAAUUGGCCGUCACACAGCAGAGUGGAAGAGUCCUCUCUGCAGAAAGAGCAGCAUGUUUCAGGAGAUAUUGGCCUAUAUUUUAAGCACUUCGGGCUGGGUGCUGGUCUCCUCCACCUUACCGACGGACUACUGGAAGGUUUCUUCACUUGAUGGAACAGUUAUCACCACAGCUACCUACUGGUCGAAUCUCUGGAAGACCUGCGUCACCGAUUCAACUGGAGUCUCCAACUGCAAAGACUUUGCCUCGAUGCUGGCACUGGAUGGCUACAUCCAAGCUUGCAGAGGACUGAUGAUUUCAGCCAUUUGUUUGGGAUUUUUUGGUUCCACAUUUGCUCUUAUUGGAAUGAAAUGCACCAAAAUCGGAGGAACCGACAAAAACAAAGCCAGGAUUGCCUUCUUUGCUGGUGUAAAUUUCCUUUUAAGUGGCAUCUGCUCACUUUCAUCUUGCUCCCUUUAUGCUCACCGGAUUACAUCAGAGUUUUUUGACCCAAUGUUUGUUGCACAGAAGUAUGAACUUGGAGCCGCUCUCUUCAUUGGCUGGUCAGGUUCUAUCCUCUGUAUCCUCGGGGGCACCAUGCUCUGUUUCUCCAUCGCAGGUUCAAAGAGCCGCAGUCAGGCAAACUAUAUCUACAAAGGUACUGCUUCUCAUAUCUCCUCCUACCCGAGAGGGCAGGCAAAGCCUGUGACCCAGAGGCCGCCUCCAGACUACAGCAACUCCUCCAGGAUGCAGCACUUUGAUAAGAAUGUUUAUGUGUGAGGAAUGUCAAUAUAAAACACUUGAAGUUGAAGCCACCAAUGAAUCUUAAAAAAUGUAAUCUAUACUAUGUAAAAGAUACAGCAUACUAUGACACAUGG